AUGCAAAAAAAGGAAGAAAGGAAGAAGCCGUCACAUGCACGGCAGAACUUCACAAGGUGCGAGGAGCAAAGCCCACACGUUACAGAGGGCUCAAUAUUCAAUCUCACAGUAAUUAGAGUAGAGGAUACCUCCAACAAAACCCGACAAGGGGAGAUAUUCCUUUUGACAGGAACCAUGAAGGCACUGUAUCAAAGGACACAAGAACUCAUCACGCUUCGGAUACUCUUAGAUACGGGGGCAGAUCGAAGCUUCAUCGAUACUAAACUUGCCAAGGAACUUGAACUACCUAGCCAAGGCUCUGUUAUUAUGAAAUUACAAACCUUUGGAGCACAAACCACCAAGGAAAUUCAGUGCACCAAAACAUUUCAGAAUGUAUGGGACUCUGAAGGAAAGCAAUACAAACUUCGCGUAUACACUCACGACAACCUUACGAAAGGCUUCCCUCAAGGAAAGUUAGGAAGAGAAGACCCACAAUUCAUUCAUCAACAACAAAUAAAACUCAACAGUCCAUACGAGGCAAGCAUUAAACCUCCAGAAAUAUUGAUUGGCUGCGAUCAACUCUAG